AUGAUUUUCAUUUGGCUCAUUUCUCUGAAUCUUGCAGCUUCUUCCGUGACUGAAUGUGAGAUAGAAUGAUCAAAAAUUAUAGAGUCUGGUAAGGAUCUGCUUUCUGCAAAUCCUACAAACUAUACCAAAAUGUUUAUGUAUUCAGGGUUUACUAUUAAUAAUCUCGGGCAAUAUGACUCUUGCAAUGAUCUUUCAUACGCAAAGUAUGUGCUGAUUGAGCUAUCCCCACAGCCAGCGUUGCUUUUAGCUUUAUGUGGGCCAAAAAUAUGCAACGAGGCCGACUAUCAAAAUAUUUUUAGUCAUCUUUUAUUAGAAAAAUCAGAUAUUUCGUCAUAUAAUGUAUCAUUGAAAGCUAGCAAUCAGGGUCCAUUUAUAAUGUUUCCUAAAGAAUUUAUUGAUGACCACUUAAGUGAUUACAGCGCAGGUGCUAUUUUAAUGUAA